AUGAAUUUUUCUGCCACCACCCUGCAAACUCAUUCUGAAACAGGGAUAGGUGAAAGACACAAUGCCUUUAAUGAUCUUUUUACGGCACCUAGACAAAUAUCACAUCUGCAAUACACAUGCAACCUAGAUAUCGAUCAGGUUGCAGACAAUGUGCGACAAACCUCUAUUGUGUGCACCCUUGGUAAAUCGUGGAAGACAAAAGAAGGAAUUCUAAAAAUGAUGGACGCUGGGAUGAACAUAAUGCUGAUUAAUCUUAGUAUGACCCCUCGGGAUAUUUGUAAAGAGGUUAUACAAUACGCUCGAGAAAUUGAGAAGGAAUCGGGCUAUGCUCGUCUUCUGGGCAUUGCAAUGGAUAUGACAGCCGCACCUGUACGGACCGGGAUUUUUGAAGGGGGUCAUUCUUAUGAAGCGAAUUUGAAAGAGGGUGCUCGUGUAACGCUGACUCUGGAUGACCAUUACAAAUUUCAAUGCACACCCGAAAUGAUUUUUAUAAAUACGAAAUAUUUCCCUCAGCUUAUUAACUGUCUGCGCAAGGGCGAUAAGGUUUAUCUUGAUGAUGGGCAAGUGUCGCUCAUUGUGAAGGAUGUGGGCCUGGAUGGUGUUAAUUGCAUGGUAGAAGAGGGAGGUAUAAUUGGAAGCUAUAAACGCGUAACUUUGCCAAGGGAUCGUUUGUAUCAGGAAUCGGUGCAGUUAAAUUACAUUAAUGACUUAAAAUUCGCGGCUGAGUGCGAAGUCGAUUAUGUUUUUACUAGUUUUGCUGAAGACAGCAUAAUGAUUCACCUAGCACGCAAUCAUUUGCCUGGCUCAACAAAAGUAUUUGCCAAAUUAGAAACACGGGUGACGAUUAAAAAUCUUCACGAUUUGAUUGCGGCUUCUGACGGUCUUGUCAUACGUCGCAGUGACUUGGCCAUGCAAUACACUCCUGAGAAAAUAUUCAAGUUACAAAAGUACAUAGUUGCUCAUUGCAAUAUCGCAGAGAAACCGGUUUUUAUUAUCGAGCAGUUGUUGGAAUCUAUGGUUUCAAAACCAAGACCUACACGAGCCGAAUCAUCGGAUAUUGCAAACGCUGUUCUAGAUGGAGCAGACGGCCUCGUUCUGACCAUGGAGACUUCGUGGGGCAUGUAUGCACUGGAUUCCGUCCACGUUGUCGACAAUAUAUGCCGUGAGGCAGAACGCGCGGUCUUUCACUUUGAGACUCGCGAGGAGUUGAAGCAAUGCCGACUGCAAAUGGAGCAAGGCUCCUUUGAUAUUCGUAGCGUUACUGGUGCCUCGGCUGCUGAGGCCGCUGCUAGCUGCAAUGCAACUGCUAUUUUCGUAAUUACGACUACUGGCGCAUCAGCUACAUCAAUUGCGAUGUUGCGGCCACCGUGUUCCGUGAUCGCCAUCACCCUCGAUGUGUCAGUGGCACGUCAUUGUCUUGCCUAUCGCGGUCUCCAUAGCUACGUUUACACGGGAAAGAGCGAAGACGAUUGGGCAUUGGACAUAGACAAUCGGAUUAACGCAGCCAUCGAGCACUCGCGCAUUACGGGCCUCGUGAAGGGCGGCGAUCGCAUCAUUGUAGUAACGGGCUCUGUGGCUACCAGCGGUAGUACCAACACCAUGCAUAUCUUCACGCUAGAGGAAGAGCACUCGAAACUGCGUAUCGUGGGCUCAUCACAUGAGGUUGCGGCUACAGGCGCCCAGGAAGGCCUGCUAAACCUGGCAGACCGCACGACGGAGCAACAGCAGAAUGAGCAGAAGGAUGAGGAGGAGUUGGAUGCGCUAGAGGAAAUCCGACUGAUUCAGGGUGCUCGCUCGCGCCGUCCUCGCUUCUCCGUUAUGCUAAGUAGCAAUAAAAGUAGCUUUGGUGGCAUCAAUGAUAUUCGCGUGCCCUUGUAG